GUACGUUUUCGUGGCACAAGCGUGUGACACCCCGCCACACUUCCUAACCCAAAAACCGUGGCAAACAGUGGCAACAGAAGGUAGUGUUACACGAAACCGUAGCCUGUGUGACGCUCGACUGGUGAACGCCACGUCGGGUCUAGUACGUCUUUUUAAUUUCUUCAGUCUCUCGACGCACGCUAAGUACAUCUCUUAGUUGCCAAGCCCGCUCAAAAUAAUCAAAAAUGGUGAAACCAGUCAGAAAAAACUCAAGUAAAAACCCUCCGAUCUUCAGUCAUGAAUUUAUCAUUCAAAAUCAUGCGGAUAUCGUUUCAUGUGUGGCGAUGGUGAUUGUUAUUGGCCUUAUGGUUCAGGUAACAGCUCCAAUAGCCUCUUUAUUUAUUGCUCUUCAACACAAUGUUACCGAAGCCGGAGAAGUGCCUUUGUACGGACCUGGAUACAAGGAUUGGGCUGCUGUGUUUUUCUACAGUUUAAUCUGCAUUGUUAUUCAUGCCAUUAUCCAAGAAUAUGUUUUAGACAAAGUAUCGAAACGACUUCAUCUUUCAAAAUCAAAACUGGCGAUUUUCACAAAUAGCGGCCAAUUAGCUGUAUUUUAUUUGUGUUCGACUAUUUGGGGUUUCGAUAUUGUUUUACGCGAACGAUUCAUUCCUGAGAUUUCUUUGAUAUGGAACAACUAUCCAUCACCAAUGACCUUCAUGAUGAAGUUGUACUUCAUCGUCCAAUUAGCUUAUUGUUUACACGAACUUCCCGAACUUUAUUUCCAAAAAGUUAAAAAGGAAGAAUACACAAGUAGGAUAACAAGAAGUCUUGCCGGGGUCGUUUUAAUCACCAUUCCAUAUUUUUUAAAUUUCAAUCGUUUAUUGAUUUGCCUCCUUGUUUUACAUUACGCUUCUGAACUUGUACUUCACAUUGGUCAGUUGAUCCAAACCGUUGAUCGUGAUGACAAAUUCACUAAAGUAACCGGAAUCGUAUCAAAAAUAGUUUUAAAUUUGGCUCGUUUAGGAAGUAUAAUCAUAGCGGUUUUAACGCUUUGGUUUGGAUUGGCGCAAGGCGAACAACAAGAAUUAAACAUUCAAACCGGUUACUUUAACACCCCCUUGAUUCGUUUGGCGAUACUCGGUGGAAUUUUAGCUUUACAAAUGUACUUAACGUUCAACUACAUCAAUCAAGAACUUCAAUUGAUUGCUAAAAAUAGUGAAAGUUCUGGUGGUGCAGUUGCAUCGAAAGGAAAGAAGAAGGAUAAAUCAAAAAAGACUAAGAAAUCUGAUGAAUCUGAUCUUCCUGAAGUUGAUCAGAACACGAAUAAGAAUUUGAGAAAGCAGAAAGUAAAAUAAGAUUGUUUUUUUUUGCACUUGUUUUUAAUUUCUUUUUAUAAAACUUUUUUAUUCGAGAUGUUCUAUUUUUUAAUAAUAGUUGUUAUUGCAAUUAUAUUUUUAAAACACUUUUCUACAUCUUUUGAACCUUCGCAUGUAUUCAACAUAUUUCUUUCAUGUUGUAUCUGUUUGGACUCUCGAAAAAAUUAAUAAGAGCUUAUUGAUAAACCAGCUAAAUGAUUGUACAAGAACAAACACUAAAAUCAUUGGGUUAAAUAAAUUUGUAACAAUUUUAUAUAUUACAUAAAUUUAAUUAUGUAAAGCGUCAAUUUUCAUUUAGGUGAUUAUUGUAAUGAAUAUAUGUUUAAGAUAGUUUUCUUUUGUAUCACCAAGCAUUUAAGAUUCAAAAUAAACAUUUUGUAAUAAAA